AUGACAUCGUCGUUUGAAGUACAACAAUUCUUGUGGGAUGACAUGCUUACGCUGUUGGCAUCUUCCUCUUGGUCAGAUACACCCGAGUCUCGAUUGCCAACGCCUACAACCUCUUGUGUACCUGUGAUUGGGACAAAAAGAAAGACAUCAAAUGCACGCAUGGGGUAUUGUGAGCAUCCAAAACAUGUUCUUUAUCGACAGGAGCCAUUUACUUUAGGAGCAACUCCACGACGUGGCCGUCCACCCAAGGGUACCAAAGCAAGUGAUCUCGUAUGUCCACCACUCACAGUGCGUCCGCUUCCAAGGCGACUCGAAAUGGUUGUAGGCAAAAAGAAUAUCUGCGUUUGCCUUACUUGCCUUAAGCGCACAGACCUCGACACUGAGUAUAUCGUUCAUCCGGCGUACAUUGGUCCUCAACAAAAAAAGUUGUAA